AUGCCAGCUCAUCCACAAGCCUUGAAUAGUACUCCUUCUGAUCGGCAUACUGCACAUGGCCUUUCUCCUCCGCCAGAUUUCGAUCGCAGACCUCCUCAUCCAUCACCAUCCAAGUCCUCAUCCCACUCUACUCAUGACCACCAAACCAAAAGAUUGGACGCUAUGUUUUUCUCUCAGCCUUCUACGCCCACAAAGUUUCAAAUCGCUUCGCAAAAUGGGCAACCGCAACGAUUGUCCCAAGCAGUUACCAAUGCAAAGCAUCUACCGUUACGGAAACGCAUCACCAAAGACACUUCUCAACCCUCAAUGCCAAAGAAUGUUCUCCCACCAGUAUCAGAAGCAACAGUUCCAGAGACUACAUCGUCCAAUGGCUCCUUGUUGCCCAUGACUACAGCAAUAGCGAAUACACCCCACCAGCAACCGUCACCACAGCAACAGCAACAGCAGCAGCAGCAGCAGCAAAAAGAAAGGAGAGUCUCUUAUCCUCCGACGCCAACUAGCUCGCAUGAUGCAAAGGCAACCGAUUAUUAUUAUUCAACAAAAGAGAGUACAUCAUCACCACAAAGCGAGAAUGAAGAUGUGAUAGAGAAUGAACGAAGGAAGCCGAUUGAUUCAUAUAACAACAAUGCCAAGACAUCAUCAACCGAACGACGAAUAUCCAUGCCUUUGCUGUCUCAGCCAUCUACUACUACUAUUACUACAACUACAACUACUACUACUACUUCCAUUAUACCCGGCCGUACAGCACCACCACCACCACCAUCAGCACCGCCAUCAUCAUUAUCAACAACAUCCGCUCCAUCAGUACCACUUUCCAAAAUGAAGCCACUUAAAAAAGUCCAACAUUGGAUCAGCAAGGGGAAGAUGCAUUCACCUACCACAAAUGGACAAGUCAUCAGAAAUGAGGAGUCUGUUAAACCUCGUCUUCCUACUACAUCAAGGCGACUAUCAUGGGAAGAAGAUGAUCGGCCUGCUCCAAAGAAAUCAAAGCGUGGCCGACCCCCAGCAAGCAUGACGAGACCCAAUUCAGCACCUUCUUGGGUAGAUUCAUCAAGAGCGAAUGGUAGACCAAGGACAGGAGAAUCCAUUGUAGCAGCGGCAAUGGCUGCUGCCAAAGGCAGUAGGAGAAACAGCCUACGACAAAUGGGUGCAAAGAGCAAUGAUGAUCAAGUCCUUUAUUGUAUUUGUCGCAAGCCAUACGAUGUGCCACGUUUUAUGAUUGCAUGUGAUCGUUGUGAUCAAUGGUUCCAUGGCGAGUGCAUUGGGAUCAGUGAAAAGGAAGGCGAAUUCAUUGACUUGUAUUUUUGUGCCGAAUGUGCAAAAGCAACCGGCAAGAUGACAUCGUGGAAACCGAAGUGUAUGAAUCCAGCAUGUCCCAAAGCAGCACGCAUCAGCUCACACCAGGGGAGGAUAUCAAAGUAUUGUAGCGAUACAUGUGGUUUACAGGUGGCACGUGCACGUGUGGAAUUGGCAGAAAUCAAACGACGUGGUCACUCUGAACAAAGCUAUACCGACAUGUUGACACAACGACAACGACGUGCUCGAUUGAAUCAAUUGGUGAAGCAUGAUAUGGCACGAUUAUCCCAAUUAACGGAAGCAUGGCGUCGGAUACGAGAUCAAAUCACGAUUAUGGAUCAGAGAUUACGGUUCCUUAAGCUCAUUGUCCAACACCAUCAUGGAGAAUAUUGUGGUCUCGACACUCGGCUUCAUUGGACCGAUGAUGUUUGGCAGCAAGUAAGCGAGAUGGUCAUGGAUGAUGGCGAAAUCGUGCUCAAAUUCGCAAGCAAGGAUGUACCACCGCCACCAGCGUAUAGCAUAUGCCAACAUAGGCCGUGCAACAAACAUCACGGGUGGAGAGAUUUGAAGCUUCAAGAAUUUGAACAAGAUCGACAUGAACUAUUCCAUUCCUUGGCACGUUAUGCAAAGCAACGAAGACAAAUCAAGGAUCGCAUCAAAAGGAAACGAAACACGAUCGAUGAUGAGUGGAUAUCAAACGCAACUAUUGUUCAUAAGGAAGAUGUUAUAAAGUGA